AUUUUUUCAGUUGCAAGUUGCGGUCACACUGGCAGAAUGGAUAGUCUUUUUUAGCAUGUUGGAUUUUUACUUCGCCGCGCGCUAUUAAUGAUUUUAAUUGCCAUAAACAAUGGUAAAUGUAAUGAAAGGUGUACUUGUGGAAUGUGAUCCGGCUAUGAAACAAUUUUUACUGCAUUUAGACGAGAAGCUGGCGUUGGGUCGCAAAUUUAUCAUACAAGACUUGGACGAAAAUCAUCUAUUCAUCUCAACGGACAUUGUGGAAGUGCUGCAGGCUCGUGUGGACGACUUAAUGGACCGCAUCAGUUUUCCGCUGCACGAGAAAGACGCCUAA